AUGGCACCGCCAAAGCCAGCCCCUGCCAGCUCGGCCGUCCCAUCGUCGACACCAAAUACACCGCACUUACCUCUUCGUUGCGGAACAUGUAAAAGUCCCUUGGCUGAUCCAGACAAGAAGAGAAAAGUAUCCCGUCAGCAACGGCGGGAUGGGGCUCAUAAGAGAAAAGCGAGUGAUACGGCACUUGAUGUACCGAAUCAAAAGCCCCGCAUAAGCAAGCCGAAUAAGACAGAGAAUCAUCAUCAGACUACUCCUCCCAGAGCUCACAGGUGUGGAUCUCAGAUUGAGAAAACGACGGGAUGUGACCACAUGACUUGCAAGUGCGGGUUCGAAUUCUGCUACGUUUGCCGCGCACCAUAUGCGGGUCCGCGAGGUAUCCGCAUGAUCAUGGCGAGAAAAAACAAAAACAAUCCGCGUGUUCCUCCCUGGGUGACACCCAAGCCAUAUUUUAAACACGCCGCACGAGCCUUCAAAGACGCACAUAGACCACAUUGGACUCCCAAGACAAUAUGGGAUGGCGACCAACUCACGCGCGAUUACUAUUCGGCACGCAAAGGUAAAGAUAAACUGUAUGGUUUGCCUCCAGGCCGCGACAUAAUACCAGGAAACCCCUACAACGUGCAGGACGCUACUCAUGCAAGAGCCCAUAAGACUUUACCACUACGACGUGAUGCACGAGGAAAUCCGAUCCCUCCUGCGCCAGCUGCACCUCCAUUACCUCUACCUCAACCACGACCACGGAACAACUACCCCUACGACUUUUGGCCUCAAGAACCUUGGCAUCCUGAUCCAAUUGAUGAAGCACGAGACAUGACAAUGAAGUUCGUCUCGCAAAACACAAAUAUCUUUCUAGAGACUAAGCCUUGCCAGUGGCCGGUAAGAGAUGAAACAGAUAUGCGUGGAGCGAAGUGGUUGGGACAUGGAUCAUAUGGCUGCGCGGGAUUAUGGUGCCAAGUAGAUCCAGCAAAUGUAAUUCAAAGAAGAUUCGUCAUCAAAGAAGCACGAAUGCAUAAAGGCGAUUGGCGAGAUCCCCUUAACUGGCGCGACCAAAUCCCACGAGAAAUCCGAAUCCACCAACUCGUCGACAACAACCGCGCCAACGAUGUUUAUGGCCAUGGUACAAUCAUUGAACACUACGGGUACCGACUGAUGAUGCGCCAGCGCAGAUACCGCAUUUACCUCGCCUACUACGAAGGCGGAAAUCUCUAUUCGGCACUACGUGAUAGAAUGCCCGAUCUGGAAUUGAUGAACCUUUUCUCACCGCCACCCACUCUCGAAAGCAAAGACCCCGAAGGCUACCUUUGGGACGUUAAACUACGCUGUUACAGAGCCCCAGACGGUAAACUACCCCCCAUACUACCCGAGCGACUGAUAUGCUACAUCAUCGAUUCCCUAGCCAAAGCAUGCCAGAUUCUGCAUUUCGGGCAAGUUGACUACGAACUCAUGGCUCCAGGAGCGAAAAGAAUCACGCACCGUGACAUCAAACCCGACAACAUCUUCAUUUCCCCUUCUGCCACAAAAGCAGAAUUCCCAACAUUCGUUCUUGCAGACCUUGGACUCGCAUUCUACUCGCACGAGAGAGUCGAAGACGACGAUCUAAACUAUGGGGACCACGCUCCACCUGAUAAUCCCGACCAAUACACCUGGUCCAACGAGCGAUUCGACCACCGCUACGCGCCCGAGUUGUACGAGAAAACACAAGAGAAGAAUCCGUAUCCGAUAGGUGAAAAAACCGAUGUCUGGCAGAUCGGCGCCGUUCUCUUCUGGCUGCUAACCAACGGCUUCGAGGAUUCCAUCCACGGUCCCAAAGCAUUUUUAGGCCUCCUACCCAACUACAUCUCGCGACCGGAGCGUUGCCCGCCGAUAGAAGGGCACAUCAUCAAUGAUAGGUUUGACUAUGAAGCGCAUCCGAAGUUGUUGCGGUACGCGCCUGCACUUGUAAAACUUUGUGCCCGAUGUGUGAAUUGGGAUCCGCAUGAUCGGCCGUCGCUGCUGGACAUAAGAGAGGAAUUAACCCAGAUUUUGGAUGCGGAUCUGAACAUGAGUGUGGAUAGGGAUUAUGGGCCGUUGAUGCCGAGUGAGGAGAAGGAGUUUAUUAUUGGACAACACUAUCCGUAUUAUCCUCAGGGGGGUUUGUAG